CAGUUCAAAUUUUAUUCUGAAAUCCAAAAUAGUGCAAUUGAAACUUAGGAGUGGAAUUAGUGUACAAUCCCAAUCUUGGGGAUUUAGUCAGAUUAUCCUCCAAAGCUUGUCUCUAGUUUGACCUAAACUUUGAGCUGUUUCUUUCGGUGCCACUAUGUCUGAAAACUGAAUGAACUACUUCUACAAGAUGUCAUUGAAGAGUAUAGUAACCUCUCCCCUUUCAGGGAUCGCUCUUUUGGUUCUUCUCGCUGCUCUCCUUCUCACAUUCUCCCCCAAAUUCUACACUCCCCAGAGGUUGUUCAGUGCUGAAGAACUUGCUUUAUUCAACGGAACUGACGAACGGUUGCCAAUCCUUCUAGGAAUUCUCGGAUCUGUGUUUGAUGUAACCAAAGGAAAAUCUCAUUAUGGUGCAGGAGGGGGAUACAAUCAUUUUGCUGGAAGGGAUGCUUCUCGUGCAUUUGUAUCUGGAAACUUCACAGGAGAUGGACUAACUGAUUCAUUGCGUGGUCUCUCAAGCACUGAGGUAAAGAGCGUUGUUGAAUGGAGGGAUUUCUACUUCAAAACUUAUAAGUAUGUUGGCAAGCUAGUAGGUCGAUACUAUGAUGGCCAAGGGAAUCCAACCAAAUAUAUGAAAGGAGUUGAAGCAAAGGCUGCCAGAGGUGCACAGCUUCUAGACAAGCAGAAGAUUGAAGAAGCUAAAUUACCUUCGUGCAAUUCAAGAUGGAGCCAAGAUGAGGGUGGCGAGGUAUGGUGUGACGUUGGCCACCCUAGGAUGGUCCAGAGGCCACUAGAAAUCGCUUUGACCGGAAAGAUGAGUAAGCGCUGUGCUUGCUUUGAAGAAUCUCAGUUGAACCAACCGGGUUUGGAGGUAUAUGAAGGAUGUGAUUACCAUGCCAAUAGGUGCAAAGUUUAAAGAAGAAUCUAUUGCCAAUAGACGAAUACUUUGGACAUAUUUGUGCUUGAAUAUCAUCGUUAAAAUCUUAAUUUACUGUAGUGUUGAUUGAUAGUCAAGUUUAGAAGAGUUCAAUUUAAUCCAACAGGUAUAGAACAUAUGCAUCACACAAAGUAUAUAUUUUGUCUUUUAAGUUUUCAAAAAAUUCUAAACAUACCUCUAUAAUGUUUAGUUUAUUGUAAUUUUAUCCUUAAAAUAUUUCAUUAGUUCUAAAUUUAUCCCUACCAUCAAAAUCAAUUAAA